AUGCGUAAUGGAGUAAGCUAUCUAAUGAUACCAAAUUUAUUAAAAAUUACUUGGCUCUUAAAAAAUCCAUUUAAAAUUAUAAAUUAUAUGUCAGAUUGUAGAUCAGCUUCUCUAGUUUAUAUUAACGCUUAA